AUGGCUCAACUUCUGAUUUACGGCGCCACCGGGUACACAGGUCGGCUUGCCAGCGAACAUGCUCAACGUCUUGGCCUUCACUUCCUCGUCGCCGGGAGAUCAGAAAGCAAGACCAAGGAACUAGCAACUGCACUUGGGGUGGAUUCGCGAGUGUUUGGUUUGGAAUCACCUGAGAAGAUUGAUGAAGCGGUACUUGGCUCCUCGGUCUUGCUCAACUGCGCAGGACCGUUCAUCCGAACUGCCAAGCCGCUCAUUGAGGCAUGCAUCCGAAACCAGGUCCACUAUCUCGAUAUGGCCGCGGAACUGGAUAGCUACCAUCUCUCUGCCGAGAGCGACGCUCGCGCGAAAGAAGCAAACAUCAUGCUCAUGCCUGGCUGUGGCGGUGGCAUAGCCAUGUUGAGUUGUCUGGUCUGCUAUGUCCUCGAACACGUCAAGAACCCUUAUCGUGUUGACAUAGCUCUGCAUAUUUCGGGGCCCAUGUCCAGAGGAUCCGAGAUGAGCGCGGCAGAGAACAUCACCACUGUAUGCUUGGAAUUGGUCAAGGGUGAUCUGGUCGCUCUUGAGGACCCAGCGACGAAAACAAAGCAAUUCGACUUCGAUAAUGGCAAUGGGCCCGUGGACUGUGUACCCAUCACCUUGCCAAAUCUAAUCACAUUGCCCAGAUCGACCAACAUCAGGGAUAUCAGGACGUUCAUCUAUGCCGAGGCAGCACUCCUUCCCCGGGACGUCACAGCGUUACCGAUCGGUCCGACAAAGGAGGAAAGGGAUUUGCAUCCUUAUCAAGUCUCAGUGUUUGUUACAGAGACUGAUGGGGCCGUGAAUAAGGGGGUUUUGCACUGUGCCAACGGGUACACAUUUACUUCGCAAGCAUCAGCCGAGGCUUCCAGGCGUGUACUAGAAGGUCAAUUCGUACCUGGCUUUCAAACACCGGAAGUUGUGUUUGGUUAUCGAUUCGUUGAGGAUGUUCCUGGUUCAAUUCUGAAGCUUGUGUAA